AUGUCACAAGCAGUACAGACUCCAAAGCCUCCAUAUUACGCGGUCACAUUCUCAUCGGAUUUAAGUUCCGAAGUCGACGAUGAAUCCUACGGCACUAUAGCUGAUAGAAUGGUCGAAUUGGCAAAGAAUCAACCAGGAUUUUUGGGAGUUCAGAGUGUGCGCGAUCCAAUUACCAAGUUUGGUCUUACGAUCAGUUAUUGGAAAGAGUUAGAGAAUAUUAAGAAUUGGAAAGCAAAUUCUGAACAUUUGGUUGCACAACGUCAAGGAAGGGCAGAUUUUUAUACCCAUUUUGAAACUAGAAUAUGUAAAGUAGAAAGAGACUAUACAUUUGAUAAACGUAAAUAG